AUGCCGCUAGACAUAGAAUCUCACGGUAUUAUUUUAUUGAUAUUAAAAUUGUUUGUAAACAUCAAAAAAGCAAAAAUGCCUACACAUACCAACAAUAACAAUUCUAAUGUGAUAAUGAGGACUAUUAGGAAGAAGUUCAAGCAUUAUCACAAGGGAGAGGCGGGUCGUAUCUGUAUCGUUGGCGGAUCUAAGGAUUAUACGGGAGCGCCAUAUUUAGCAGCAAUGGCUUCACUUCUUACAGGCGCCGAUUUAUGUUACAUUUGGACUUAUAGUGAUGCAGCAGUUGUAAUUAAAUCUUAUUCUCCAGAUUUAAUCGUAUCACCGAUAUUAGAUAACAUUAUAACAUUACCACUUGAUGAAUUGAAAAAGAAGUUGGGUCUCAUGGAUUCUAUAGUUAUUGGACCAGGAUUGGGCAGAUCGGAUAUUACUGCAAAAAUUGUCGAAUUGCUCAUAAAAUUAUGCGUUGAGCUAGAUAAGCCAAUGGUUUUGGACGCGGACUCUCUAUACUAUUUCGGAUUCUACAAAAACUUACUAGCCACUUAUCACAGGUGUAUUUUGACACCAAAUCAUAGGGAGCUAAAAUAUAUAUUACACCAACCCACUGAUAACAUGAAUGCUAGUGGCCAGGAAACUAGUUAUUAUGAUAAUUACAUUGUAAAACCUGAAGCAAUCGAUAAUUUGAAAGCUAAAUUUCCAAACAAUACAAUCAUCUGUAAAGGGCGCCUCGAUGUUAUAAUUAACAGCGAGAUGGUCAAAUAUUGCAACAUACAAGGUGCGAUUAAAAGGGCCGGUGGACAAGGAGAUAUCCUGUGUGGAAUAAUCGCAACUUUUUUUGCUUGGGUUAAUAAAUCAAAAAAUAUUUUUACAGAUAAUAGCCUGAAGAUAACUAGCAGCAUUGCUUAUGAAGCGUGCCGAUUGAUGAGGAAAUGUGCUAAAGAAGCCUGGAUAAAACAUAUGAGGGGCAUGCUAGCAUCUGAUAUUCUAGGUUUUAUAUCGCCUAACUUUAACCAAUUGUAUACUAAGAAAAUUUCUCAGAAGUCUAUUGACACCUAA